AUGGUCGCCUUCCCUAUGGUGGUACUACCCAUGGGAUGGAUCAAUAGUCCACCAUAUUUUUCGGCUGCCACGGAAACUACUGCGGACCAAAUGAAUCGUCGGCUACAACGCAACCAGGAAGAACCACCACAUCGAUUGGAGGACAUUGCCAUCCAUACCAAGCCCACGGUGUCUCAUGUUCCAACAAGUGCAGCACCCACUCCAGUCACCCUGGCAGUUCCGGCAACCACACCACAUCAUCCACACUACAAACGCCCCAUGAAAUAUGCCGAUAUCUAUGUGGACGACUUCAUUGCUGCGAAAGCAUCAGUCAAGAAGCUUAAGAAAGGUGACGGGAACUGGAGUACCCUGAAGACAGUUCUAGGUUGGGUGUUCGAUACGCUUGCCCAAACGAUCACACUACCACAACGGCGACAAGAACGACUGGAUGCCAUCCUUGCCAACAUAUCCCCGACCCAGAGGAGAAUAAGCGUCAAGCUGUGGCACAAGUUCUUGGGAGAACUACGCUCCAUGGUCAUUGGCAUCCCCGGUGCGCGUGGUUUGUUCAGUACCCUUCAACAUGCCUUCCAAACGGAAUCAAAGAAGCGAUUGCGGCUUGCCAAGAAUGAGCACCACUUCAUCAAUGACUUUCGCACCCUGGCGGCCACCUUGCCAAACCGCCUAACCCAAAUUGUGGAACUGGUCCCACGAACACCCUCAGUUGUUGGUACCACAGAUGCGGCCGGAGCGGGCAUGGGAGGCAUUGCAUUCAUCAACACAACAGAUGGCGUGGAAGCUAUUGUAUGGAGAGCUCCGUUUGACGAUGACAUUCAAAGACGGCUGGUCUCAUUUCAAAAUCCUACUGGCGAUAUUACUAAUAGCGACUUAGAGUUGGCUGCAACAGUGACACAUCAUGAUGUCCUCACUACACACUUCGAUCUCCGAGAGCACACCAUCCAAUCUUCACACGACAACACCCCUGCUGAAGCCUGGCAGCAUGAAGGUUCCACCACCACCUUAGAUCGAGUCCUGGCAAAUGCUCCACGUGCGGCCCGCAAUGCUUUCUACUGUGAUCUACGGAUUAUUCAACAAACCGUGCGACGUGGCGUCGUUAAAGGAACUCAACAACGCACAGACGCCCAAUGGAAUCUUUGGCUCGAAUCCUGCUCAGAACUUUGCAUUGACCCGUUGCUCCCAUACAGUGACCCCGUUCCAUUUCUCCAAAAUUUCGCGACGCAAUAUCAACUACAUGAAGGACCCUCCGGUGACUCCGUACGAGCUGGCACAGUGUCAGGCGCUAUCCGUUCGGUGGGCCAGACGAUGGCCAGCAUGGGGUCCAAGGACUGCCGUAAAGACUCGACGGGCGCGCUAUACUUCCGAUUGGCCCGUAUGUUUCGGGCUUACGGACGCCAGGAUCCUCCACCAAAUCGAGUAAAACCAAUUCCGAUCAGCCUCAUCCGCCGGAUCGCCAAUCUCAGUGCCGACGGCAGCGCCAAGGACAAGGCGGUCGCUGAUAUGAUCAUUGUUGCUUUCUUUUUCCUUCUCCGACCCGGAGAAUACACAGGUACAGAGAACGAUGACACCCCAUUCCGCUUCCAGGAUAUCCAGCUCUGCAUUGGCCAAAUUGUCAUCCCCUUGCUCACCUCCACGGACGCACAACUCUGGGCCGCCACUAGCGUCUCUCUCACUUUCACCACACAAAAGAAUGGCGUCCGGGGCGAGGUUGUCAAUCAUGGAUUAAGCGGCCACAACCUCCUCUGCCCUGGCAGAGCCGUGGUCCGUCAAAUUAUUCAUCUUCGCUCCCACCAAGCAACACCAGGGACUAUUCUUGCCACCUACUUUCACAACAAUCGCACUUACAAAGUACAAGCUACAGAUGUCACAGCGGUUCUUCGCGAAUCUGCUCGAGUACUCGGUCCUCAGUACAACUUCUUGGAACAAGACGUCAGUGCACGCUCCCUCCGCGCUGGCGGAGCCAUGGCACUCUUCAAUUCACAUGUCGACAGCAACACCAUUCGCCUCAUCGGACGCUGGCAAAGCGACGCCAUGCUCCGAUAUCUCCACCUCCAAGCCCAACCAGUCAUGCAAGGCUUUGCCAGUCGCAUGCUGCAGGAUGGUGACUAUGUCUUUGUUCCCAAUGAAGUUGCUCUCGCCCCGAUGUACUAA